AUGGCGACCGAGCAGCCUCAAACAUCAACAGAUCAGAAGGUUGUCAGUUCUCCGCCAGACGAGGAGAUGGCAGUGGGCACAUCAGAUACCCUUCCGGUCAACGGACACUCCAAAUCGGAAGAAGUCAAGGCAGAUCCUAAAGACUUGACGGUCAAUGGAAAAGUAGAAUCGUCAGAGUCGAAGUUGGCAAGCGCAGACGAUUCUUUGAACCAGAAAGCAUUUGCUGCUAACAACAGUCUCCCCGAGCAAACGUCGACGAAUUCAAUUCCAGACCCCCCCCAAACUACUGACACCGAUAUGCCGGAUGCGAAUGGGACUUCGGAUAGUAAUGACAAGCCUGUAUCAGCGGAAGCAGACAAGGCCGACUCAGUACCCGAGGAACAACCUGCGAAGGAGGGUAGUACGACUCAAGAUCCUGCGCCGCAUGUUUCCGACGUCGAACAACCUGUGGAUGCGAUGGACGUGGAUCCCGCUGCAGAACGCACUAAGCCAGCAUCGAAUGGUGACAAUGACGAAAUUGAUAUACAACAAAAACCUACCGAUCUUAACGAUUCGUCUGUCCCUACAUCAUCUCAGGAAAUGAGCCAGCCGUCUACCGGCCUUUCCAAGUUGGACAUCAAGGAUGCUCAACCUGAUGCGACUACCUCCCAGCCCGACACUCCUAUGACUGAUCAAUUAGCGUCCACAGCAAAGGUCGCACGCGGGCGAGAAGAGGAUGGCGACGAUGAGCGAGCAGCGAAGCGGGCAAAGACUGAAGAAGAUCGGGGCGGACCUGCCGCAGAUUCAUUGGUUGUCGCGAAUGAUGUGCCGCCAGCAACAACUUCCACUGAUUCCACAGAUGAGAAAUUGGAUGACCAAGUUAUCACGCCCUUUCAGAACAGACAAAUCAGGCAGGUUUUGGCAGGAGUUAAGAAGACGAAGAAUGGCAACAAUUUUAAGCAGUCUGUAGAACGACUGUGGCCGGGUUUGUGGGAUGACUACAGAGCUAAGAUAACGAAUCCUGUGGAUAUCUCACUAUUUGAGUCGAAGCUCCGCGAAGACAAGUACUCUAAUUACGGUGCAUUCAAGGCUGACCUCCAAUUACUAUAUGAUAACUCAGUCACAUUCAAUGGUGAAACCAACAGCGUCACGCAAGCUGCAGGUAUUAUUAGAGAUCAGGUUCUGGCACGCCUGUUCGAAAUUUCGAAGUUGGAAGAGCCUGCCAAGCUUGAGAAGGGUAAAGCACAUGCGACUCGCCAUCCUGAACCUCGCGCAGCGACUCAACCUCGCCGACAGUCGCAGUCUCAGCCGCGACCGCCAGCAGCAAGCCCGAAGCCGAGACCUACGCCCCCCGCGCAAGCCACCCAAUCAGCUACCUCAUCUUCGGCGCCAGCUUUCGCUAUCCCCCCCAAUGGCAUUCCUCAGAUUCGUCGUGAUUCGACGCGAGAAGACAACGACAGACCCAAGCGACCAAUACACCCACCAAAGAAUCGUGACCUAGACUACGCCUCAGCUAAUCGCAAAAAGCUGGAGCCCGAACAACGGUUCUUUGAGAUUGUCUUGGAUGAAGUCAAGAAAGGAAAGCAUUAUGCGUUAAACCAAUGGUUCCUCACGCCCGUCGACCCUGUAGCGCUGAACAUCCCGACCUACUUCAGCGUCAUCAAGAAGCCAAUGGACCUUACUACUAUGACGCAGAAAAACAUCGAUGGCGACUACAAGAACGUGAAGGACAUAGAGAAGGACAUGAGAUUAAUUGUUCAUAAUGCUGAACUGUUCAAUGGCCAGAACCACGAUGUCACCCUUUUGGCAAAACGGCUAGAAGAACUCUUCAAAUCCGAGUUGAGUAAGCGGGAUCAAUGGAUGAAGCGACAUCACCCUCCAGAAGUGCCAUCUACGACGAACGUUUCUGCGCCUAGUCCUGAACGAAGUGCUCAUGAUUCGGAUGAGGAAAGUGAGGCGGGCGGCAAUGAGGACAAUAAUAAUGAAGCAAUACGAACUCUUCAAGUUCGAUUAGACGAGGAACAAGAAAAAUUAAACACUUACCUAGGGUCGAAGAAGCCGGACUUAACGAUGCUCGAGAUACAACAGCAGAUGGUUUCAAUGCUUCAACGAAAGCUCGUGGAGGAGCGAACUAAAUUCCACAGUGAGAAGAAGCCCAAGCCGAAGAAGAAGAGCAGCUCCAAGAGCAAGCCAAAGUCAGGGGGAAGCGGCGCCGCGGCCACGGGCAGUAAGAAAGCAGCGGCUGGAAAUGCCACGGCCACCAAAAAGGCGCCUCAUAAUCAUGUUGGUAGUCACAAGAAGGCAGCUCCAAAAAGCCGCCCAGUAGGACCGUUGGAGAAAGCAGUUAUCGCGGAAGGUAUUAGUGACCUCGAUGGCAAUACUCUGACGAAGGCUGUUGAGAUUAUCAAGAGAGACACGGGACAGAAUGAGAAUGAUGACGGCGAAAUGGAGCUGGACAUAGAUGCCCUCUCCAUCGAUGCCCUGCGAAAGCUUUACGACAUCAUCCACAAGUCGAACCCGGGCAUCCGUGCUGCUCUCGAGAAGAAGCAGGAGUUCAGUGUCCCAGUCAAGGCGGAGCCAGACACCAAACCUAGUGCACCCAAGGCUAAGAAGAAUAAGCCAAUGAACAAACACGAACAAGAACGAAAAAUCGAGCAGCUCCGUGAGCUCAAGGCCCAACUUCAGCGCCACGGCAGCGGCAGUCAAGAGCCUCUACCUGGCGAGGUCGAGGACAACCACCCCGGGGAUUCGAGUGAGGAGGAGAGUGAUUCCGAAGAAGAAUAA